GUUAGACUCUUCACCAGGGAAAGGGAGGGUUUGUUUAACCGCUUUGAACUUUCCUUUUGAACUUGUUUGUGUUCAAACCGGACCCUCGAUCCCAUCGCUCCGUGAGGCAUUUUAAUAACGUUUUGCUGCUGUCAGAGACAACCUUUCGCUCUCCGGCCAAACUCCAAAGCUUGGAUUCACCUCCGCUGGAUUCUUGCAGCCACGGAGGAGAGGACGGGAGAGGGGGAUCGGUCCCCACCCCCACCCCAGGCGGGCCGGCGACACCCACACACCCCGCACGCGCCGGCUCUGCCACCUGACCUCCCAGCUGCCUGCGAGUCAUCAGCCUGUAGAUCUCCCCCCAUGACAAUGUCUUCCAUUAAGAUUGAGUGCGUUUUGCGGGAGAACUGCCACUGCGGUGAGUCGCCCGUGUGGGAGGAAGCAUCCAACUCUCUGCUCUUCGUGGAUAUUCCCGCCAAAAAGGUUUGCCGGUGGAAUGCGCUCAGCAAUCAAGUGCAGCGACUGACCCUGGAUGCUCCUGUCAGCUCUGUGGCCCUUCGCCAGGCGGGAGGCUAUGUCGCCACAGUUGGAACAAAGUUCUGUGCUUUGAACUGGGAAGAUGAGUCAGCAGUUGUCUUGGCCGCUGUCGAUAAAGACAAGAAAAACAAUCGAUUCAAUGACGGGAAGGUGGAUCCCGCUGGGAGAUACUUUGCUGGAACCAUGGCUGAGGAAACAGCGCCGGCGGUUCUGGAACGGCACCAAGGGUCCCUGUACGCCCUCUUUCCCGACCACCACGUGGAAAAGUACUUUGAUCAGGUGGACAUCUCCAAUGGUUUGGAUUGGUCUCUGGACCACAAAAUCUUCUAUUACAUCGAUAGCCUGUCCUACUCCGUGGAUGCCUUUGACUAUGACCUGCAGACAGGAAAGAUUUCCAACCGCAGAAGCAUUUACAAGAUGGAGAAAGAAGAACACAUCCCAGAUGGAAUGUGCAUUGAUACUGAGGGGAAGCUCUGGGUGGCCUGUUACAAUGGAGGAAGAGUGAUCCGCCUGGAUCCUGAGACAGGGAAAAGACUCCAAACCGUGAAGUUGCCUGUUGAUAAAACAACCUCAUGCUGCUUUGGAGGGAAGGAUUACUCUGAAAUGUACGUGACCUGUGCCCGGGAUGGGCUAGACCCUCAGGGUCUUUUGCAGCAACCUGAGGCUGGUGGAAUCUUCAAGAUAACUGGCCUGGGGGUCAAAGGACUUCCUCCGUAUCCUUAUGCAGGAUGAGUGACAAGCCUUCUUUCCUAUUGCAGGAGACUUUGAAGACAACUAGAAAAUUCGGGAGCUGAGAUUUCAGUCUAGCUACCCCCAAAAAAAUGAAGCAAUGAGAUUAUUAAUAGCAUUAAAUUUUUACUGACAAUUUUUAAAAGGCAGAGCAUUUUUAACAAAGGGUGAUGGGUGCUUUUGAUAACAUAAGACGUUUUGCAAAGGUGCUAUAGAAAUAUAGAGUUGGCAGUUCCCUGGUGGCCUAGCUGUUAAGAAUCCAGUGCUAUCACUGCUGUGGUUCGGGUUCAGUCCCUGGCCUGGGAACUUCCACAUGCCACAGGGGUGGCUAAAAAAAUAAGAAAUGUAGUUUUUCAGCUGUCAACCCAGCCUCUUGAGUCUUUGAAAUUGUUGGUGGAGUGGGGGAAGAGGGAAGGGACCAUAUCUGCUCUUUAUUCUGCAUACUACACCCAAAGCUUCAAAACUCUAAUAAAUAGUAGUUUGGUAAUGACUUA